ACUACCCACCCACACUAAACGAUCAGCACCUACCUACCUUCACAGAGACAAGGGUCUGCCUAACAAAUCCUUCUAGCUUAUCAACCAGCUUACCUGCCCUCUUCUUCUUCUAUAACUACAGUUCUCUAUUUCUAGCCACACAAUAGCAGCAGCCUUCUAUCCUACUACUACUCGUGCGCCGAAAUUGCCCACACGCCUAUCGCCGCCACCUCUUCAACACCUCACACUACCGCAGCACGUUUUCCCUUCCCAGUAUUUAACUUGACAGCUCAACACCCACCCACCGCCAACUACCUCGUCCUUCACCCAACAACCGCCCCUACCUAGCGACGAAUCGCAAUCCAUCCACCAUGAUUGCAGCUGACCGCCUCGUAGCUCGCACGCUCCUCUACACCGGCCUCCUCGCGCUACUUGCCGCAGCAGCUUGCGGCAGCCCCCAACAGCAGCAUCAGUCUGCCGAUGCCGCCACCAUCAACACUGCACAGCAGCCGUCUCAGCAGCAUCUUCAGCAGCAGUACCAGCAGGAGGGGGAGAUGCAGGUGGCGAGGGCGGGUGCAGGUGGUGUUGCCCUCCGCCGGCUGCGGCAUGUGCAGCUCGGACUGCGGCAACUGAGACAAGUCGAGCAACAGCAACAACAGCAGCGGCAGCAGCAGCGGCAACCCUCCGCGGUCGCGCCCAAUGCCACAGCAACCGCCCCCCCGACCGGCCCGCUGCGACUGGAGCCGCUGCCGUACGACUACAGCGCCCUGGAGCCCGUCAUCUCAACAAAGAUCAUGCAACUCCAUCACGACACCCACGAAGCCACCUACGUUGAGAAAGCCAAC